AUGGCCCCAUAUGAGAGCGACUCCUCUGGGGGUGAAGACAAUGACUACACCGAAACCAACGUCCUCCUCGGAUACGCAUCGAAAGACCCUUCAGACGACACAAUCAGCCAUCUUGGAGGCAGACCAGAAUGGCUUGACCCCUCUACCCCGCCAUCUGCGGCCCUUGCAAAAUGCAAAGUAUGCAACGACAUCAUGGCCCUACUACUUCAAUUAAACGGAGAUCUACCAGAACAUUUCUCGGGGCAUGAGAGACGGCUCUAUGUAUUGACAUGCCGGAGGAAAACGUGCAGGCGCAAGGAGGGUAGUAUAAGAGUACUGCGGGGAACAAAGAUAUCUAAAAUAGUAUCGAAGGAAAAAUCUGCCCCAAAAGUAGUAUCACCAGCAACGAAGCCUGUUGGAAAUACCGGUAUUGGAGAGACACUCUUUGGAGCAAAGCCGUCAGCCAAUUCAGCAUCCGCGAACCCCUUCUCAAUCGGCACGUCGAGCCCUUCGAAUCCAUUUUCCACAUCCUCUCACCCACCACAAAACCCUUUUGCAACGACUCCCCUUCCGCCAACUUCCGAAUUGGUAGCAGAGCCACCGCAAGAGUCGUCAGGAGAUAUCAAUGCCGACCUCCCAAAAAGCUUUGCCGCGGCACUCUCCUUUAAUCCUUCCAAAUCCAGCACCUUUGGCCCCCCACCAAUCCCGGAACCAUGGCCCUCAGAAUCGUCUCAGCUACCUGCAUAUCCUCUUUACUACCUAGUCGAUGCCGACUACGAGAUCCUGGACAAGGCCGAAGAGGCGCCCAUCCCAACUCACACCAUGGACUUGGAUGACAGCAGUGGAGCAGAUGGCGGCAAGGAGGAUAAAGAAGUAUUCGAGAGUGUUCUUGAUAAGACGUUCCAAAAGUUUGCGGAUCGAUUAGCACAAAAUCCCGAACAAGUCAUACGGUACGAGUUUAAAGGGUCACCGUUAUUGUCUUCAAAGACGGAUACCGUUGGCAAGCUGCUUUCAUCUUCUGCUGGGAAUGAGAAGGUUCGUACAACCGGGGGAAGCGCAAGCGGGAUCCCUAGAUGUGGAAAUUGUGGGAUGGGGAGAGUGUUUGAGGUGCAGUUGACCCCACACGCUAUCAUGGAGCUAGAGAGGGACGAGGAUGGUCUUGAUGGCAUGGAAUGGGGCACGAUCGUGGUGGGCGUUUGCGAGAAUGACUGCGUGCCAAAUAGUGUAGGGGCUGGGGAGGUAGGGUAUCUAGAAGAGUGGGCAGGAGUGCAGUGGGAAGAGCUUGAUACUAGGAGGUAG